UAGAGUUAGAGAUUAAUGCGUGUAUAAAAAUAACGGAUUCCGUCUAUCUAUUACAUUCAUAGGACGCACGGCAAAAUGGCUUUCCGCGUGGUUUGGGCUUGUGUUUUCUUCACUGGUGCGGUAUUCGCUGCGACAGUUCCGCAGCGUAUAGUUGGAGGAGAUCCUACGACUAUCGAAUAUUACCCCUCGAUAGUCCAGUCAGAAAACUUGAUGAUUGGAACCGAGUUUUGGUCGCAGAGUUGUGCCGGUAAUAUUCUCACCUCCACAUACAUUUUGUCGGCUGCCCACUGCUUCUCUGGCACGUUAUACGCCCCAAGCCGUCGCCGUAUAAGGGCUGGAACGACUUACCGCAACAAUGGUGGUCAAGUGGUGAACGUCCAACAGGAGUUUAACCACCCCUCGUACAGAGUGAAUGCGAGCCGCGGUCUAGACGGUGACAUCACCGUGGUGCGGCUUGAGUCACCUCUCGUCUAUAACCCUGUGGUGCAGCAAGGAACGAUUAUUGCGGCCAAUACCGCGAUACCUGAUGGCACCCCUGUUAUUCAUGCUGGAUGGGGUGCGACUCAGUUCCAAGGAGCAGCGUCUCCUGUGCUUCGUGACGUUACCAUCUACACGGUAAACAACGACUGGUGCAGAACCCGCUAUUUAGAGCUGCCACAGCCCGGAAUUGUCACCGAGAACAUGAUUUGCGCUGGUAUCCUCGGAGAAGGUGGCAAAGAUGCUUGCCAAGGUGAUUCCGGCGGUCCUUUGUACUAUAACAGCGCUGGAAAUAAUAUAAUUGUCGGUGUGGUGUCGUGGGGUCACCAAUGCGCCAACGGGUCCUUCCCCGGGAUCAGCGCUGCGGUUUCUCCUUACACUAACUGGAUUAUCGAAACUGUCUCUUCUUAAAGUAUUUUUUGGUUAACAAUAAACAAAAAGAACAUCCAG